ACUUAGAUAUUUUUAUUUAAUAUAAGCAGAGAAUUAAUUCGUACAUAUUUACUGUAUCUAGCUAGCAGCUUUUGAAAACAUUUUGAUAAAGUUUAAGAUACCACUCUGAUAUUUAAACUAUCGUUUUCUGUCAUGUUCGCAGAGUUAAGCAAAAUGUCGUGUAAGCUAGCUCUUGUGCAGAUGGCAGUCGGUGCUUCGAAGCCGGACAACUUAGCACGUGCAUCACGACUCAUCAAAGAGGCGGCGUCGAAAGGGGCCAACAUCGUUGCCUUACCGGAAUGUUUCAAUUCGCCGUACGGGACGUCGUAUUUCCCGGAAUACGCCGAACCAAUUCCAGGACCAUCGACGGACACUUUAGUGAAAUCUGCUCAAGAAAACAAGAUAUAUUUAGUGGGAGGUUCAAUUCCAGAAAAAGAUGGAGAUAAGAUUUAUAACACAUGCGUGGUGUUUGAUCCAAGCGGAAAUAUGAUCGGAAAACAUCGUAAAAUGCAUUUGUUUGAUAUCGACGUGCCCGGAAAAAUACGAUUUCAGGAGUCAGAAACAUUGAGUCCUGGGGACGACUUCACGAUGGUCGACACUCCAAUGUGUAAGCUCGGAAUUGGAAUAUGCUAUGAUAUCAGAUUUGCCGAAAUGGCCCAGAUUUACGCAAAGAACGGAUGCAAACUGCUGAUAUACCCCGGUGCCUUCAACAUGACGACCGGGCCCGUCCAUUGGGAGCUCCUUCAGCGAGCACGUGCUCUAGACAAUCAGAUAUUCGUUGCAACAGUAUCCCCUGCACGUGACGAAAACGCUUCGUACGUCGCAUGGGGCCACAGCACGGUGGUCAGUCCGUGGGGCGACGUCAUGGCGACCACUGAACACCAAGAAGACAUUGUUUAUGUUGAUAUUGACUUUGGAAGACUGGAUGAAGUCAGAAGCCAAAUUCCAAUCACAGUACAACGUAGAAAUGACCUGUAUAAUGUUGAAACGACAAAGAAGUCAAACUAAGUGACUAUACCUUACUAAUUGCCAUUGUUUUAUUCCUAUGACUUAUGCAGGUGUUUGAUAUAGGGUAUUCACUCUAAAACACAAGGAAUAGCAUCCUCGACACCCCAGCUUAUUCAUAGCAUGUAUAUGUUAAGACUAAAAUUGUGGUGUUUAGAAAAGAUGGUCGGUUAUGUAGAAAUGAUAUAUGGACGUAUAACGAUCAAGCUGUUGAAACUGUGUGUAAUUCCUUUAACUAUCUCGGUGUAGUGUUUUCCUAUGGUGGAUCUUUCAUGCAGGCGGCUAAUACACUGACUGGCAAUGCAUUGCGGUCUAUGAACUCACUUAAGGUUUUAAUCAAACGUAACCAGUUCCCUAUUGAUAUAAUGUUCAUCUUGUUUGAUACAUUUGUUUUGUAAAUUCUUAGCUAUAAUUCAGAAGUGUGGGGCUAUAUACAGCCAGAGGUGAUGGAAAGGGUACAUAGGGAAUUUUGCAAGUUUAUCAGUGAAUUUUAUAUUGAUAGUCGUCAUACUCGUAAAGAUUGUGAAAGGGUGCCUUAUGAUUCAAUUCAGUUAUAUACAAUACUUAAUAUAUUUGGACAAUAAGAUAUGCUGUGUUAAUGUUUGAUACUUUAAUCAAAGGUGCUGUUAAAACUAUUUCGUGGUUAUCGGUUAUUUUUUAAAUAAAUUAUAAAUGAAAAUAAA